GAUGGGAGGGCGGUCUGCGUGUGCGCAGCGCGCGGCUGCAGCAGCGGCGGCAGACGAACGGCGGAGACCCGCGUGGACAUGCGGCCGCGCGUGGCCCCCUCCUCUGACACGCGCACCGGAGUGAAAGUGCGAAGUUAGGAUGCGCAAACGGCCGCUCCGCGCGCCCGAACAGCUGUCCUCCUGCGGUCGUCGGGGUAACGGGGAGGCACGCGGGAUGGUGUAGACGCGCGUGGCGCGCGCGGGACUCCGGACGGCCGAGCGGACCGGCCGGAUUAUGGCUCUCGCCUCGCUCUCCCUCAGCAUCCUGGCGCUGGCGCUCUGCAACUUCCCGCUCUGCGCGCCCAGCAACCGGCAUGCGGUGUACUGGAACAGCUCCAACCUGCUGCUCCGGAGGGAGGGCUUCACGGUGCAGGUCAGCGUCAACGACUACCUGGACAUCUACUGCCCCCACUACAACAGCAGCCAGCGGGGGAGGCUGGAGCGCGUGGUGGCCGAGCAGUACGUCCUCUACAUGGUCAACUACCACGGCUACCGCUCCUGCGACCCCAAGGGGGGGUCCAAGCGCUGGGAGUGCAACAAGCCGCACGCCCCCCACGCCCCCAUCAAGUUCUCGGAGAAGUUCCAGCGCUACAGCGCCUUCUCUCUGGGCUACGAGUUCAACGUGGGCAAAGAGUACUACUACAUCUCCACGCCCACCCACCACCACGGCCACAGCUGCCUGAGACUGAGGGUCUUCGUCUGCUGCUCUACUGCCUCCCAGGCGGAUGACGACUCCAGUCAGACUUCUCCAGACUACACAGUCCGGCCCAACAUCAAGAUCCAGAACAUCGAUGACUUUAACCCUGAAGUCCCCAAGCUGGAGAAGAGCGUCAGCGGCAGCAGCCCGUCGAGGGACCGCCUCCUUCUCACCGUGGCCACGCUGCUCGCAUCCGGCCUGCUCCUUUCCUAGCGACGGCCGCCGAGCCGCCGAGCCGCCGACCCGCCUUGACCUAAGGGCUUCGUAUCAAACAGAGUCGGGCAGAGGAACAUCAGAGGGGCGGAGCCAGAUUCCCACCGGUGCUGAUGCUGACUUGGGAUGGUGGAUUGAUGAAAAGAAAGGAGCUGGAGAUGAACUCAUAUUGUAGCAUAGAUUCCAAACCGUUGGAAUGUGGGCGGAGCUGUGGACUUUCAGGCCUCGGAGCUCCACAGGAUGAUGGAUAAACCCGACUGCGAUCCAUUAUGGACGGAGGGAGCGCCGUCAUCACGCCGGGCCCUGCAGGCCGGUGAAUAACGAGAACGGAUGGCUUCGACCCGGACAGUGAGGAAUGUGGUCGCUGCUGGUGCCGGGAGCUCCAGCCUCUACCGGAGCGCCGCAGGCCUUUGAGUGGCGCUCGGCGAGGUGCUAGCGAGCGGCCUCUUGAGAACAAACCUUUGUCUGCGUUUUCUGCCUUUACACUCCAACAACCCCAGAAAAACCGGUCAUUCGGCGCCACUUGGACGCGGUAGUUUUGCACCGACGCCUUUACCUGUAUAAUUUCCAAACGUCAAAUCAGCGGAGUCGUUCAGAGUCCCUGCGAGCUACGAUUGUUGCCGUCCCGGCGGCCGCCCCCCCAUCGUCCUUUUUCACUCUUUUGGGAGGCUGGCAGCCAAUCAGUGGCUGGCGGCCGAUGCAGUAGUCCCGGUUACCGUGGAAACCCUCCCCUACAGUCGCCGGAGUGCGGCAGGUGCCUGAGGAGACAUUUUUUGCUUUGAGUCACAAAGUAACGCUGCCGCCAUUUUGCUAAAAACAUGAAGAGAAAAAGAAUGAAUGUGAUUUUCUACUGUUCAUCUGAUCAAUACGACGAGCUUUAUUUAUUUCUUCGGAGGAUCAUCAGCGUGUUUGUUUACUUGAUAAGCUGUCGGUAAGAGACACGGUUUUAUUGUUGUUUAGAUACAUGGAUGUGAUUGACAGGAGGGGGCGGGUCCAACCGGCUCGUUAGUGAACAGCCUGUGAACGGAGGCGGGGCCUACAGGAGCACCACGUCUGCGUUGUGAUGUAUAUCCAUGACACAUGUGGGUGUGUCAGAGCCAGGGGGCGGGGCAUGAAGGACAGAGCGCCCAUGUUUGUAGAAUGUGUUUGUCUGCGCUUUUCCAGUUCGUGGCAUUUAGAGUUCCUGCUGAUCAUUUGUAGAGUUUGAAUAUGCAAACGAGUCUGAGAGAAUGUCUGUAAACUAGAGCAGUUCAGGGGGGGUCAAAGCAUUUACUGGAGUGGAGGAACGUCACCAGACAUGACUGUGUAUGAGAACUGGACUGAGGGACCCCUCCCCUUAGCGUUCCAAACAGGAAGUGGCUCCAAGAAGCCAAAAUCCCAGAGAAAUAAACUGUGACAUAAUAAACAAUAAGAUUACUUAGUAAAAGUAGGCGGAGCCUAUUGGCCCCCACAGAUUUCAAUUGGUAGGGGUGUGGCCUUCCGACAAACUCUCUCCUGACUGGCCAGAGUGGUUGCCAUAGCAACGCUGGCUCAGCAUGAUGACUUCUGGCUCCAACAUGGCGGCGUCUGUAUCGACAGAAAUGUUUGGUUAAAAUCCAUUUUCUAUGGAGGUCGUCACUCUCACUCAGUCCAGUUCUCAUGUACUGUCAACGGUAUUGACGGUGAAUAAAAACUGUACAUUGAACCAAGAAUGAUUAAAAAGAUGCCGAUUAAACUCUGUUUUUCUUUUUCAA